AUGAGUGGCGCGUUGAGGAGGUGGCAGAUGACAUUAGCGGUGUCGUCACUGGAGGCAACACCAACAACAUCGUCUAGAAAAGGGGAGUACAUUGACUGGUUGCAUAACCGUGGAAUUCCAUUUACUCCAGAUAUGCGUAAGCCUGAACUCUACAAUCUCAUCAAACUUCACAAGCCUCAGCUUACUUCCUAUGUUAUUGACAAGAAAGCUGCUGACCUAGGAUUUAGAGUAAUCAGACUUCCACCAUAUCAUUGUAAUUAUAACCCCAUUGAAAUGGUAUGGGGCCAUUUGAAGCGGUACGUAGCAUCAAAGAACACCACAUUCAAGUUGUCAGACGUUCAGGCACUCUUCAUGGAAGCUGUGAACUCCUAUCCCCCCGAAACCUGGGAAAAAUGUGUCAAGCACGUGAAGACUGAAAUGGACAACGAUUGGCUUAGUGAAGGUCUCGACGAUACCAGUGUGCAGGAACUUAUCAUUAACCUGGCUCCAGGGGACUCGGAUGUGGAUGACAGCGACUGGGACAGCGAUGAGGAAGACGACUUGGGAGUCGCUCAGCUUGAAUGA